AUGGCGCAGGCUUGCCGGCCGAUCUGUCGGUCAGCGUUUGUUCUACCGCCAAACUUCAAACUGCAGCAGUGGUUUCCCGGGCACAUGGCCAUUGGAUUGAAGCAGAUGCAAGGCAAGCUGCGAAGCGUUGACUGCAUCGUGGAGGUGCACGAUGCACGCAUUCCAUUCAGCGGUCGCGACCUGGACUUUCAGAACGUCUUUCGACGGAUCAAACCUUACAUCCUGGUGCUGAACAAGGCUGAGCUUGUUUCGGACCAGUACCGUUCGAAAAUCGAAGAGCUUAUGCGUCGCCGUUACCAGGUGUCGAACUUGAUGUUUGCCAGUUUCAACACGAACUAUUUCAAGGCCUGCCGUCGGCUGAUCAAACUGAUCCAGGAGGUGAUCACCGCUUCAGGUCGGUUCAACAGACAGCUUAGCUAUGAUUAUGCGUUCAUGGUCACCGGCGUUCCGAAUGUCGGCAAGUCAUCGUUGAUAAACGCCCUCAGAUCGACGUUUACCAACCGCGGCAAAGGCUCGGCGGUGGGCAAAAAUCCCGGUGUCACUCGGUCGGUACUGAUGAAGAUCCGCGUUAGCGAAACUCCACCGAUUUACGUCCUGGACACGCCAGGCGUGUUAACACCGGGCUUGGCUUCGCAAGACCCAGAAAGCAUAUUGAAAUUGGCCAUCUGCGAAUCAAUAGCCGAAAAUCGUAUUACCAGAGAAAUGCUGGUCGACUACCUGCUUUACCGUUGGAACAAGUACGGCAACCUCACGUACGUUAAGCAGCUGGAACUCGACGGUCCGACCGACGACGUGGUGAAACUUUUGGCCCACGUUGCUCUGCGCCACAACCUCCGUUUUGAAUCGGCAUUUUUUCGGCAAGAUGUGGCUUCGGCGUUGAAUAUGGAGGCGGCAGCAAACAAAAUUUUGAAACUUUUUCGGCACAACGUUUUCGGUGACCAGUUUCUUGAUUCGGAACAUUUAUGA